AUGACAGCAGCAGUCAUGUUUGCGGGCGUGGACAUCGGAGGCACGGGCGUCAAGGUGGGCGUCGUAACGUCUGAAGGCGUCGUGGUGGCUCGCGAGCAGGAGAAUUACCACCCAGACAGGCACGAGCCGCAGGACGUCGUGGAUCUGGCCGUCUCCGUGCUGCAAAAAGUGCUCAGGACGACCCACUUGGGAUUGGGAGACUUGGAGGCUGUUGGCGUGUGCUGCCCCGGUGUACUGGAGGCUGGCGGCGUCAUCCACGCAGCCGCCAACUUUCCGUCCUGGUUGGAUGUGCCGCUUCAGCAGUUGUUCACAGACACCCUGGGCAGACCGGUCACGGUGUGCAACGAUGCGGACGCUGCUGUCCUGGCAGAGCAGUGGGUUGGCACAGCCAAAGGUGGCGUCAAGGACUUCAUCAUGCUCAGUAUGGCACGGCUGCAUGCGCUUAUUGAUGAUGGUGCCCUCGGUACCGGUGUGGGCUUCGGGGUCGUCGCGAAUGGCAAGUUGGUGCGAGGAGGCAGCAAUGCCAUUGAAGGGGGGCACAUGAUCGUGGAAAGGAAUGGCAGACCGUGUGGUUGUUCUCAGAGGGGCUGCCUUGAAGCAUACAGCUCCGCUGGUGCGCUGAUGGCGCAAGUUCAAGAACACUUACGUGCAGGUUCGUAUUUUCACGGAAGGGACUCGAGUCUCGCUAAUUAUUCUGAAGCGGAUAUCAAUGUCGAGUUCGUGUUUAAGCAUGCUGCAGAAGGCGACGAGCUUUGCAAGCAUCUCAUCGAAGAAGCUGCUGACUACUUGGGUUUCGCCUGCGUAACCUUCUGCCGAAUGCUGGAUCCUGAGAUUAUUGUGCUAUCUGGCGGAAUUGCUGAGGCCGGUGAGACCUAUAUUGAGCAGAUUCGCCGUGCCUACGCGAAGCACACGUGGACCAAGUUCCCCAACCCAGUGCGCAUUGAGAAGGCUAGUGCAGGAUAUGAUUCCGGCAUCAUAGGUGCUGCCGCAGUAUGCAAAAACCAACGCAAGGGGCGCUGAAGUUACACCAAUAGUGUCGUCUUCAAGCAGAUGAGCUGCAAUUACCGAGCUUCAGUCAACCCCAUGAUAAAUGAAUGGACUCUCUGUUUUUA